AUGGGGGGGGACGCGAGCGGUGUGCAGGCCGCGGGGGCGACCGAGGCGCUGGGCAUCGAGCAUGUGCCGGCGCAGAUGCUCGCCGAGGUUCUCGCGCGCCUGCGCGACCCGCACGACGUCGCCGCGCUCGCCCGAUGCUCCCCGGCAACGGCCACAGCGGUCCUGCACGCGCUGGAGGUGUCCAAGGCGCCCGUGCGCGUGACCCCGGACGCGCUCGUCCCUCUGUCCGCCGCGAGCGAGCGUAGUUUGAUCGAAAGCGAGGGAAACGACGCGGCAGCGCAGCGCUGGAGCUCGCAGCGAAGCACGGGCGCGCUGGCGGUGUGGGGGAGCGGGUGUCCGCCGGAAGCGGCGUUCGGGCGGACGUUAUCGGCGCUCGUGUGCGAGCACAUCACGUCCCUGACGCCGACCGUCGCGCUCUCGCCCGUGGACUGGGCCCUAACCGCCUGCGCCCUACCAUCCCUCGCGACACUCGACCUGGGCGACGUGCGCACAUCGUCCGCGUCGCUCUGCGCCCUGGUCUCGGCGUUCGGCCGCCGCGAGCGCGACGGGGCACCUGUGCGGCACCUCACGCUGCGCUGCGACGGCCUGGACCAGCGUCCCUGUGCCCUGGACGUCCUGGCCGGCCUGCGCUCGCUGCGAAGGCUCGUCCUUUCGCGGACCGGCGCGCUCCCGACGGAGUGCUUCGACGCCAUCGGCUCGCUGGACGCCCUGGAGGACCUCGCGAUUUACUCCGGCUGCGCAUCGGCCGUGGUCCUGCCCCUGGCAACCUGCGCGCACAACGCCGGCUGGGGCACGCCUCCGCCCGUGAGGAUCACCGAGAGGACGCUCCAGACGUUCGCGAAGCUCCCGGCCCUGCGGUCCCUCGCCGUGGACGCGCUCGCCUCGAUGCCGUCCGCGGCCUCCCUCGCGCCCCUCUCCCCGACGCUCCAAACACUUGUGCUACGGAACUGUGCGUCCUGCGCCGACGCCGCCAGCGACGGCGCCGCGCUCGCCAGCCUCUCCGGCCUCUACGGCGCGCGGCCCGAGGGCUGGGGCGCCCUCGCGCUCCCUGCCAACCUGCACAGCCUGACUCGGCUCGUCGUCGAACGCGGCAACCUGGUCGCGCCGCACAGCCUCCACGCGAUGCUCGCGCUCCCCGCGCUCGAGGAGCUCGUUGCCGGGGAGAUCCAGGUGCAGGCGUGCGCGGCCGCGUGCGGGGGGGAGGCCGCGUGGGACCCCCCGGAGGAGCUCCGGCCCUCUGGGACGCUGCGGCGCGUGGAGCUCACGCUCUCGCUGACGCCGCCGGGGACGCGGCCGCGGGGCGCGGUGGCGGACGAGAGCCUCUCGCCGCUCGGGGGGGUGUUUCGAGCGCUGGGGGGGUGUGUUGCCCUGACAGACAUAGAGCUGCAGCUGCAGAUGCGUCAGCCGACCGAGUGGGACAACUGGGCGGCGGCGGCGCGGCGGCGGUCGCUCGCGGACGCGCCCCCGCGGCGGCGCAGCAGCGCCGCGAGCACCGUGGCGCGGUCGGAGGUGCCGCUGGUGGUGCGUGGCGCGCACGCGUUGUCAGCGCGUGCGAUGCGGUCGCUGAAGAUCAGCGGCCCCGGCGGCGCAGGGCGGCUGAUUCUGGACAAGGAGGGCAUGUUCGAGAUCGCGGAGGCGAUGCCGGGGCUGUGCGCGCUGGCGCUGCGCGGGUGCGACCACGACGCCGACGCCCUGGGGGUGUUAUCCGACCUGACGCAGCUGACCCAGCUGGCGCUGGACGUCGGCACGGCGGACCCGGACGCGCCGGUCGAGGACGACUGCGUCACGGAGGACGGCGUGCGCGACAUGGUGCUCGACGACGGACAGUCCCCCGGGGGGAGUGACCGCUCGCAGGGGCGCGCCGCGCAGGCGCUGCGCCUCCCGCGGGGGCUGAGGGCGCUGUCGAUCGUGGGCAACCACGUGCGCGACGCCGACGUGGCGAACAUCGUCGAGUGCCGCCGGUUGCGGAGCCUCCACUUACAGUCGUGUCAGGGCAUCAGCGACCAAGGCUUCGGUGCCGUGCUCGCCCUCCCGCACCUGCGCUCCCUCAGCAUCACCGACUCGCGCAUCACCGCCGCAGUCUUCCAACAAGGUCUUCCAGCACAACUCCAGCACCUCGACCUCAGCUCGAACCGCGCGCUCUGCUCCGCCAGCGCCGCCGCGCACAUCGCCGCCUCGCAGCCCGCCGCCGACCGCCGCCUCCUCAGCAUCAACCUGUCGUGGACGGGUGCGGCGCGCACACCGUCAGCAGACCCCCCCCCUGACACCGUCGCGUCGCUGGCCACCGUGCCGUCCCUCCAGCGCCUGUGGCUCAAGGGCUGCAGCGACGUGCGCGGCAUCGAGGCACUCACGCGGCUCCAGCGGCUCGAGCUGCUCGCGGUGUGCGGGUGCCCGGGGGUGUGCCGGCGCGCGGCGGAGACACUCCGGGAGGAGUGUAAGCGCCUGCGCGCGCUGUGCACGCACGGCGCCGCUGCCGGGGGCGCGGGGAGCCGCCGCGGGAGCAGCACGAUCGUGCCGGGCGCGAGUGCGUGGCAGGAGCCCGGGCAGCAGCAGCGCAGGCGGUCUGUGGGCACGUGGGCGGCGCGGGCGCUGCGCAAGGCCGUGGGGUCCUUCAGCGGCAGCCGCGCGUCGAUCUCUUGA